AGACCCUUUAGACUCAACGUCAACUAUGCUCCAACCGCGGAUCGUCGGUGCGGAACAUUAUGAAACCGCGCAAAGAGUUAAGCAAACCUUACAACGUUACAAAGAACUUCAGGACAUUAUAGCUAUCCUUGGGUUGGACGAAUUGUCCGAAGAGGAUCGCUUAACCGUAGCAAGAGCACGAAAAAUGGAGCGUUUCUUAUCACAACCCUUUUUCGUAGCGGAAGUUUUUACCGGUUCCCCGGGGAAAUAUGUUGGUCUAGCAGAAACUAUUAGAGGGUUUAAAUUGAUUCUUUCUGGAGAAUUAGACGGUCUUCCGGAGCAGGCCUUUUAUUUGGUAGGUAACAUCGAUGAAGCUACUGAGAAGGCUACGAAAUUAACUUAGAAAAGGAGAGCAAAUUGAAGAAAUGACCUUAAAUCUUUGUGUACUCACCCCUAAUCGAAUUGUUUGGGAUUCAGAAGUGAAAGAAAUCAUUUUAUCAACUAAUAGUGGACAAAUUGGCAUAUUACCGGAUCACGCGCCUAUUGCCACAGCUGUAGAUAUAGGUGUUUUGAAAAUACGCCUUAACGACCAAUGGUUAACAAUGGCUCUAAUGGAUGGUUUUGCUAGAAUAGUCAAUAAUGAGAUCACUCUUUUAGUAAAGGAUGCGGAGAAAGGUAGUGACAUUGAUCCACAAGAAGCUCAGCAAACUCUUGAAAUAGCAGAAGCUAACUUGCAGAAAGCGGAAGGCAAGAUGCAAACAAUUGAGGCAAAUCUAGCUCUCAGACGCGCUAGGACACGAGUAGAGGCUAUCAAUGCGAUUGCGAUUUCGUAACUAGUCGCCAAAUACUGGAAAGAAUCUCUGUAUACACUUCCUUUUUUUAUUUUCCGAUUAAAUCGAAUAAAAUGAAAUCGGAUUUUUAGAUAAAAAAAUUUCAAAAUGAAAACUGAAGUAGAAUAGGAUGAAAACGAUCUAAAAUCACUAAAAGAAGGUGGGUAAAAAAACUUAUUAGAUACCAGGGAUUCCGGUGUCUAAUAAGUUCUACCUACUAUUGGAUUUGAACCAAUGACUCCCGCCGUAUGAAAGCAAUACUCUAACCACUGAGUUAAGUAGGUCAUUUAUCAUCAUAAAGAAAAAAGCAAAGGAACCUAUCACAUCAAUGGAUUAGAAAUGCAAUAAUACUUCGAAGCAAUA